AUGGCGGCGGCCAUGGCGUGGCUGCGGCGCGGCGCCUGCGGCCCGGCCCGGCGGUGCGGGCUGGCGGCCGGCCGGAGCUACAGCGGCGGCGGCGCCUACCCCAGCGUGUCGCUGACGUGCCCGCUGCCCGGCGUGCCCAAGGCCGUGUUCGCGGCGGCCGAGAGCCGGGAGCGCUUCGAGACGCGGGUGACGGUGCUGGAGAACGGGCUGCGCGUCGCCUCCCAGAACAAGUUCGGGCAGUUCUGCACCGUGGGCGUUCUGGUGAAUUCGGGAUCCAGACACGAAGCGAAAUAUCUCAGUGGUAUCUCGCACUUCUUGGAGAAGCUGGCGUUCUCUUCCACAGCUCAGUUUGGCAGCAAAGAUGAAAUUCUCCUCACCUUGGAGAAGCAUGGAGGCAUUUGUGACUGCCAGGCAUCGAGGGACACCAUAAUGUAUGCAGUGUCUGCUGAUGCCAGGGGCCUGGACACCGUGGUCAACUUGCUGGCUGAUGUAACCCUGCAGCCCAGGUUAUCAGAUGAAGAAAUUGAGAUGACCCGAAUGGCCAUCAGGUUUGAGCUGGAGGAUCUGAACAUGAGACCUGACCCAGAGCCUCUGCUGACAGAAAUGAUCCACGCGGCAGCCUUCAGAGACAACACAGUGGGGCUGAACAGGUUCUGCCCCGUGGAGAACACGGACAAAAUCGACCGUGCCGUGCUGCACUCCUACCUGAGCAGCUACUACACCCCAGACAGGAUGGUGCUGGCUGGGGUGGGCAUCGAGCACGAGCAGCUGGUGGAGUGUGCCAGGAAACACCUGCUGGGCGUGGAGCCCGUGUGGGGCCCGGGGCAGGGCAGGGCUGUGGACAGGUCUGUGGCUCAGUACACCGGAGGAAUCAUCAAGGUUGAAAAAGACAUGUCAGAUGUGAGCCUGGGCCCUACUCCCAUCCCAGAGCUCACCCACAUCAUGAUUGGCUUAGAAAGCUGCUCGUUUUUAGAGGACGAUUUCAUUCCUUUUGCUGUGCUGAACAUGAUGAUGGGAGGUGGUGGCUCUUUUUCAGCUGGAGGGCCUGGCAAGGGCAUGUUCACCCGGCUCUACCUCAACGUGCUCAACAGGCACCACUGGAUGUACAAUGCCACCUCUUACCACCACAGCUAUGAGGACACAGGUCUGCUGUGCAUCCACGCCAGUGCAGAUCCAAAACAGGUUCGGGAGAUGGUGGAAAUCAUCACCAGGGAAUUCAUCCUCAUGGCAGGAGCAGUGGGAGAGGUAGAACUUGAGAGAGCAAAGACACAGCUCAAGUCCAUGCUCAUGAUGAACCUGGAGUCUCGGCCAGUGAUCUUUGAAGAUGUGGGGAGGCAGGUUUUGGCAACAAACACAAGGAAGCUACCUCAUGAGCUCUGUGACCUCAUCAGUCAGGUGAAACCCAGCGAUAUCAAGAGGGUGGUGACCAAGAUGCUGCACAAGAAGCCAGCAGUGGCUGCCCUGGGUGACCUGACAGACCUGCCCACGUACGAGCACAUCCAGGCCGCGCUGUCCAGCAAGGACGGGCGGCUCCCGCGGCUCUACCGCCUCUUCCGAUAGAGCAGCACCUCCUGCCCGCCCUCAAAUCCCUCCUUUUUUAAUGGUUUUUUUUUCAUUCUCAUGUUGCUGUACCACCCUCCCUGCCCCCAAUGCUCCCAGGCAUUCUGUGCAAGCGUGGAGCUGAGCAAAGCUGCUUUGGAGCACUGGAGUGUGAAGAGCUUGAGUAAGGAGCCAGCGCUGCCCCUGGAGGAGGAGUCUGACCCUCUGAGUAGGUUACAAGGGAAGAUGGGUGUUGACACCCUUCUCUUGGCUUUGGGGAGAACAGAGCAAGCCAAAAUGUUCAUCACUACAGUGAAAGCACAUCUCUGAGCAGUCACUGCCUCUUCAUCACCCAGCAGUGGAAGUGGGGCUGUCACAUGAGGCCCCACUGUGCCCUUCCUGAGGAAUGUGUGGCACCUUAAACAGCUUGGCUUCCAUGUCUCAAUUCAGAGAAUAUUUAUAACUGUUACCAAGGUGAAUUAAGACUUGGUCGAACUGAAUUAGGAAAAUAAUAGUUACUGUCCCUGUGAAGUUAGCCAGAAAGUUUCCUGCAAUCCAGAUUUUGUUACAAAUCACAGAUCCAUUCACCAUCUGACAAGGAAUCGCCCACCUGGGAAUAACUUCAUCAUCUUGCCAGAGUUCCAAGGAAAGCAGCCCCAUGACAGAACCAAUUUUCUGUGGAGUUCCUCUGCAGAGGUACUCUACAUAAUGGACACUUACUUGAGAAUGAGGUUGAUCCUAUUCUUUAGGUUUUUCACUUGAACAUGAACUGUGCUAAAGAAUAAAAGUUCUUUUCCUCCAGAGUUGCUUUACAAACAGUUAUUAAAGGAGUUGCUGCUGCUGCA